CGUGUCCUGAACGGAAUGUGGCAGACCAGGGGCGCCUGGGGCCGAAUCGAUCGAGACGACGCUGUUGAUGCCUGGGGAGGAUGGAGUCUUUUUCAAACUCUUCUUCAGACACUCAAAAGAAUUGCUUCUAAACAUGGUGUCACAAUCCCCAAUCUUGCUGUGAAAUACAUACUAGAUCAGCGAGGUGUGGCAGGAUCGAUGAUAGGCGUUAGACUCGGGUUGUCAGAACAUAUCCAAGACUCUAAUGCUGUGUUUUCACUUGCUCUUGAUGAGGAUGAUAUAAGCAGCAUAGAAGAAGUCACAAAGAAAGGGAAGAAUCUCCUUCAAGUUAUUGGUGACUGCGGAGAUGAAUAUAGGCGUUGAUAUAAAAUUCUCUUACAGUUGAAAAUCGGAAGGAAAAGAACUUUGUUGUUUGUGUAUCUGUCUGUGCAUUGAUAUACCAUUCCCAUGGGAGCGUAUAGUGCAAGUCACUGUCUAUCUUGGCUAAGCCAAAAAUUAGUUUCCAGUCUCUUUGAGUUGGGAAUGCUGUCUUGAACAUCUGUAAUGAAAAGUUCAAAAACUUCAUAUAGGUCUUAAAUUAAAAAAUAAUAAAAAUAAAAAUAAAAGUAAAUAAAAAAAAAUCGUGUGUAAUUUUGCAGUUC